AUGCCGGAGAUCACACCUAUGAUGACAGUCUUAGGGAGUGGUUUCGCCUUACAUAGAGCUCGAAGAUUAAUUAUCGAAUUCGAUGUUUUUCAAGAUAAUCGUUUUGGAGAUAUUAAUGAUAAUCAUGUUGGUAUUGAUAUAAACUCUGGGCGUUCGACGGUUUCGGAGAAAGCUAGUUAUUGGACUGAGACAAGAACCGGAGGAAAGAAUCAAUGGUUGUUUAAGGAAGUGAAGCUAAGUAGUGGAGAUAACUACAAGGUUUGGAUUGAGUAUAAGAAUAGUAAGGUCAGUGUUACACUUGCACCGGCACAUUUGAGGAAACCGAAGAGACCAUUGAUCGAGACACAUGUAGAUCUCUCUAAGGUGGUUCUUGAGAAAAUGUAUACCGGUUUUGCCGGUUCGAUGGAUCGUGGCAUCAAGCGUCACGACAUUUGGAGCUGGAGUUUUGAGAACACUGCCUAA